AUGUCCGUAUCAGCCUCGAUUCCCGACACUUCGCUUGGCCUCACUUCCUCCGAGAUCCAGAUCCUCCGGCAACAGCAGCAGAUUGCUCUUCAAAAUGGCCAUGCCGGCAAUGGGGUUUCCAGGGGCAGAGGGACCGGUCGAACCAGCAACUCCAGUUCGCGUGCCGCCAGUGCCGCCAGCAGUCACGGUCGAUUGUUGCUGGAUCCUAUGAGUCUCCGUGCACUGUCCCAUCAGUUAGACGCGCUACAAGAGCAGAUUCGAAGUCGCAUCGAUUAUCUGGAGGAACAAAUGCAACUGUCUCUUCAAAAUAGCUACGACCGCGCAGGAAACGUUAUCCGCAACGCCGACGCUGAAAUCGCCCGUACCCGCUCAAUUCUGGCCUCAAUUGAUGAAUUAGAAACUGAGAUGGCGAAGAUUGGACACAUCAGAGAAAUUGUGAAAGCUUAUCGUGGCCGAAUAGAAGGCCUUGAUCAGCGUCUUGACCAGGCUGUCCGUCGGAGACGUUAA